GCAGCUCGCCGAAUCCCGCCCGGGCUCGCUCGGGCCGCGGCCGCCCGCCCGCCGGUGCCUCCCUCCGCCUCUGAGCCUCCUGGGGUUUACGGGAGGCGGGAUCGCUGCCCGGCUCGCUCCGGCCUCCGCCGCGCGUUUCUCCGGCAGCGGGGAAGGGAUCCAGCGGAAAGCGCUCGCCGACGGAGGGGCUCGCGCCGGACCUUUUCCAGGCUGGAUCCCAGCGCCGCUGCCACGCCCAUGCAUGAGAAGGCAGCUCCCCUGAAGAGCCCCGAGCCCAGGCACGGUCGUGAGAAGCUGGAGGUGUCCCACAAGCAGAAGAGUUUGGAUUCCCUCGACAGCAGCCUCCGCCUGAACGAAGCCCUCAAGGAUGAGGACAUCAAGAAAUGCCACAGGGAAGUGGCUGCUAGCAAGUACAACUCCCAGUACCACAAGCUGUUCAAGGACAUCCCGACGGAGGAGAGCGUGCUGAAAGUUUGCUCCUGCGCGCUCCAGAGAGACAUCCUCAUCCAGGGAAGGCUUUACAUCUCCCCCAACUGGCUCUGCUUCUACGCAAACCUUUUUGGGAAGGACAUUAAGGUGGUGAUCCCAGUGGUGUCUGUGCAGCUGAUCAAGAAGCACAAGACGGCUCGGCUGCUGCCCAACGGCCUGGCCAUCACCACCACUGCCAGCAGAAAGUACAUCUUUGUAUCCCUCAUCUCUCGUGACAGUGUCUAUGAUGUCCUGAGGAGAGUCUGCACCCACCUGCAGGUUUCCAGUAAGAAGAGCUUGAGCCUGAAGGAGCUGUCGGAGGAGCCGGACUCUGUGUCACUGGAGGUGAUCGUCCCCGAGGGCAAGUGGAGGAAGGUGUCACCUACCUCACUGUCCCUGUCACUGCCAGAUGCCAACUACCAGUGCAUCCACCGGACCUCUGUCAGCAGCCUGAGCACCAAGGAGAGCUCCUUCACCUCUGAGGAGCCACUGGUUUCAGAAAGUGCAAUAAACACCGAGGAGGAGCUGGAGGUGGAGCAGAGCUGCGUGGCAGAGCUCAGACCCUCUGACUACCAGCUCCUGAAGAUCUUCAUCGUGCUCAUCUGUCUCCUGGUGGUGUCCUCCUCGUACCUGGCAUUCCGCAUCUUCCGUCUGGAGCAGCAGCUCUGCUCCCUGAACCGGGAUUACCUCUCCCGCGGGCACAGGAGGUGA